AGAACACUGCCCUCGGUGCCUUCAGGUCCUCUCCCACCCUGGCUCUGUAGGCAGAGGUGGGCCCUCCCUCACUAAACCACAGGCACAACAUUAAGACAGUCACCACCUUCCACAAAGUGACAUUCUUUCCUCACUCCACUCCCAAAUCAGGCCUACCCAUCCUCACACACCUUUCAUCACCCAAGCCCUCUUUGUCUAUGUACACCUCCCUCUGUGUCACACCUCCACUUUUCUCACCACUGAAAUACUUCUCACCCCAAGCUCUAUGGUUCCCCUUUUCAUCCUUCAUUUCACGUGACCUUCAGCCACUGUGGACCAAAGCAGGUUGCCCGUACCAGGGUAAGGCCCUCUUCCUCUCCCUUCUCUCCACUAAAUACAAAGACACCUUCAUUUUCACAGAUGGCUCACACAUCCCUUCUUCCCUGCCCACCAAUGCAGCCAUCUACCUACCAGCCUUACACACCUCCACCAAUUGCAAACUCCUUCCACACAUCACAAUCCUGGGGGCAGAGCUCUUUGCCAUCAAGGAAUGCCUCAAUACUUCCACGGCACUCCCCCCACACCAACCAGUCUCCCUCUUUACAGACUUCCUCACUCCACUCCAACUCCUCUCCACUCACAGACCUCAUACACACUACACACCGUGCUUCACCAUACAUUUACUCCUGGCACAGCAGAUGGGCCCACCUUCAGUGGGUACCCUCACAUGGCAGCAUUGUGGGCAACAACGUGGUGGACCAAGUGGCCAAUCUGGCACACUCAAAUCCCUAGCCUAUAGAGUGGCCACCAGACCACAGUGUCAUACUGACUCACCUAAGACAGACCUCCAACAGGCACUGGACCACCAGAGUGACACAUGCCGUCAACCCAGGCCAACUCUAGAGGACCUGCUGGGCAGCGACACCCUCCGCCCCAACACUGCCUUCCAAGCCCUCAAGUGUACAAAGACCUUCCUGCAGAAGUCAGGUCAACUUGACAGGAUCUAGUCCUUACCCUGGUGGCAGAACAACAAACCAAC